AUAAGACUCAAGGCUAUAAAUGAAGAGCAAAGCACUGCAGGCCCCGUCUUGACAGAGAGGCAUUUGCUUGCUCUCCAGGAGCGGACAGGAUGAAGGUGGUGAACGUGGGAUGCGACCCGUCCGAAAUCUACCGUCCAGACGUCCAGGCGGAGAACGGAAAGCCCAGGGAGGACUUCCGCAAUUUCAAGGACGGUCCGCUGAUGGAGCGAGUGUUCAAGACUUACCUGCAGAUGCACACGAACCAGACGGUAGAGUUCGUGCGGAAGAAGAACGAGGAAUACGGGGGCUGCGGCCUGCGUCGGAUGACCAUCAUGGAGGGCCCUGGAGCUGCUGGACAACGUGGUGGACGAGUCGGACCCGGACCGUCGACUUCCCCAACUCCUUCCACGCCUAUCAGACGGCCGAGGGCAUCCGGAGUACAUGUACAAAGUCAUGAAAUACAACCAAUUCAGCCUCCCGCAAGAGGCUUUCUACAUGAUCCGGUUCCACUCCUUCUAUCCGUGGCACACGGGAGGGGACUACAUGCACCUCUGCAACGAGGAGGACCGCCGGAUGCUGCCGUGGGUCAAGGAAUUCAACAAAUUCGACCUCUACACCAAAUGUGAGGACCUGCCUGACCCUCAGCAUCUCAAGCCUUACUACCAAAGCCUCAUAGACAAAUAUUGUCCGGGUCAGAUAUGCUGGUGAAGGAACCGGUUCCGUUCACCAAUCCUAUGUUCAUUCCAGUUUAACUGGGACUGAAGAUGCAAUGAUCCUUUUGUGACUUAACUUUGGUGAAAUCCAGGACAAAGACGCCCGACUGUUCAAAUUAGCCAGAGUUUUAUGUUUCAUGGCUCCAGGAGGGCUGAGAAAUGUAUUGAUAUUGUCUCAAUUUUAAUAAAUAUGAAAGAUUAUACAAGAA